CAGAGCAAAUACACAGUCCGUGUCAUGGCUACCACAAUUUUCCAUUGCAGCGUUUUGCUCUUUUCUCUUUUUUUUCUUGGCACUGCAACUGGCUGCUUCGGGGAUCUGCUGCAAGCAGAUGAUCAGCACAGGCCAUUGCGCAGUAUUCGGAACUCAUUUUCAGAAGAUGGAUUUGAAUCAUAUUCCAAUCAGCGAAAUAAUAUUGGAGGAGGGAGAAAGUUUUUGUCUAACGGCGGCUGGCUCGGGAACUCUAUUUUCAGCUACUACUGCAGGUUCCUCCUAGAUAUGAUCAGAAUGCCUUUUAAUAAGAAAGAAGUGGAAGCAGAUGAACUAAAAUUGUUGGAUCAUCAGAAGACAUUAUUGUUUAUUUUCGGGGACUCCCUGUUCGAUGCGGGCAACAAUAAAUAUGUCAGGACGACUACUUAUCUCCAAUACCCAUAUGGUUUCACCUACUUCACUCAUGCCACAGGCAGAAUAUGUGACGGCCGAAUCGUCCCGGACAUGAUAGCUGAGUUGGCCAAUCUGCCUUUUAUUCCACCAUCAAUGCAACCCGGGGCAAACUUCUCUUAUGGAGCAAACUUCGCUUGUGUUGGAGCAACUGUCCUUGACUCGUACGCUACUGGAAACAGUUCAAAAGAAACAGUCACCCUUAGAGAGCAGAUGAGCCAAUUCAUCGAGUUGGCAAAGAAAUUGAAUGCAACAUUAGGUCCCUCUCGAGCAAAAGCAAUCUUGAGCAAAUCCGUCUACGUGUUCAGCAUGGGAGGCGACGAUUACCUUCAAUAUUAUGACGAAUUCACCGACGAAGGUCGUAGCCCAACUUUAUCCGAACAACAACAACAAGUGAAUGCUGUAAUAGGCAACUUAACAGAAGCGCUUAUGGAAUUAUAUGAAGAGGGAGCAAGGAAAAUUGCCUUCCAGAACGUUGGGCCGAUGGGCUGCCUUCCGUUUCUUGCAUCAAACGGGAGUUGUGUCCAGGCGUUGCUCACAAUGCCCAUAUUACACAACAAGCAACUUUACGAGGCCCUCACAAGUUUGGCUGAACGUUUGGAGGGAUUCAAGUUCUCCGUUUUCGACUACUUCCCUUCCCUUCUUGAUAGAAUGCAGCAUCCUUCGGACUACGGCUUCGAGGUCGGGAGCACACCAUGCUAUUACAGCAGCAGCAAUGGGUACAGAGGAAUGGGGUUGGAUGCUACUGGAGACACGACUCUCUGCAAGUAUCCAAGCGCCUUUCUGUUAUUUGACGAUGGCCACACAACUCAAUGCGCCAACGAACAGUUAACGAGCCUAUUUUGGAACGGGGAUGCUUCAGUUACAAGACCAUAUAACCUAAAGCAAUUGUUCAGAAGAGAACUAAUUAAAUAAACGUAUCCUACUUGACUAAUCGAUUACAUGUGUAGUCCGUGUGGCAUUUGUUAUAUUAUCAAUUAUAAUAAAUAAAAGCCGAAGCGCAGAACAUGGCUGCACCACGUAAA